AUGCGCGUUCUGUUGAUCGGCGGCGGGGGCCGCGAACAUGCGCUGGCGGCAAAGUUGGCCGCCUCGCCGCUUCUGACCGCGCUGAUCUGCGCGCCCGGCAAUCCCGGCACGGCCGCCAUCGCCACCAAUGCGGUGCUGGAUGUCGCCAACCAUUCCGCCGUCAUCGAUUUCUGCCGCAUCCAGAGCAUCGACCUCGUCGUCAUCGGACCGGAAGCGCCGCUCGUCGCCGGCCUUGCCGACGAUCUUGCCGCUGCCGGCAUCGCGGUGUUCGGCCCGACAGCGGAGGCGGCACGGCUGGAAGGCUCCAAGGCCUUCACCAAGGAAUUGUGCGACCGGCAGGGCAUUCCGACCGCCGCCUACGGACGGUUCAACAAUGCGCCCAAGGCGAAGGCCUACGUCCGGCAACAGGGCGCGCCGAUCGUCAUCAAGGCGGACGGGCUGGCGGGCGGCAAGGGCGUGACCGUGGCCAUGACCGUGGAAGAGGCUCUGGCCGCGAUCGACGACUGCUUCGAGGGCGCGUUCGGCGAUGCGGGAGCGGAAGUGGUCGUCGAGGCGUUCCUGGAAGGCGAGGAGGUGAGCUUCUUUUGCCUGUGCGACGGCAGGACCGCCCUGCCCCUGACCUCGGCGCAGGAUCACAAGCGGGUCGGAGACGGUGACACGGGUCCCAACACCGGCGGCAUGGGCGCCUAUUCGCCCGCACCGAUCUUCGAUGCAGCGAUGCAGGCGCGCGUGAUGGAAGAAAUCAUCGCGCCGACGCUUUCCGGCAUGGCGGCGAUGGGUUGUCCCUUCACCGGUGUCCUUUAUGCAGGCCUGAUGGUGACGGACGAAGGUCCGAAGCUGAUCGAAUACAAUGUCCGCUUCGGCGAUCCCGAAUGCCAGGUGAUCAUGCCGCGCCUGCGCGACGACCUGUUGCCGCUGCUCAAGGCAGCCGCCGAGGGCGCAUUGGGCGAUGCGACGGCGCGCUGGACGGAUGACACCGCGCUCACCGUCGUCAUGUGCGCACCGGGCUAUCCGGCCGCGCCAGAAAAAGGUUCGGUGAUCGGCGGCUUGGACAAGGCCGGCGCGAUGGACGGCGUCACCAUCUUCCAUGCGGGAACGGCGCGGCGCGGCGGAGACCUCGUCGCCAAUGGCGGGCGGGUGCUGAACGUCACCGCGACGGGAAGCACGGUGUCGGAGGCGCAGGCGCUCGCCUAUCAGGCUGUCGAGGCGAUCGACUGGCCGGACGGCUUCUGGCUCCAUGGACAGUGCGGCGUCGCCAUUGAUGAGCGCGUCGGCGUCCGCCGUGAACUUUCCGGAUGCGCCAUCGGGGUGAAGGACCACGGCUGGCAGCAGGGCGAGCCGUGCGCGGCUGCCCUUGACCCCCCACACAAGGAUGCGGAUCGCUGCUUCAUCGGCGCGCGGAUGGACCGGCCGGAUGGCGAUCGCGCCGAAACGGCGCUCCAUGCCGGCCAAUAUGUCUGCGAGCAUGGACGGCCGCGCGAUCAUCGAAAACCGGCCGCCGGGCCGGGCGAUCGCCGAUGCGGUCUUGAUCCAGGCCAGCAUCGUACUCGCGUCGAUCACAUGGGCGGCGGCCCGCGCAGCAUUGGGCGAUUGCCGGUCGCGCGCAUCGUUGAACGGCGGAUUGGCGAUGACCUGAUCGAAGCGCCCGCUUUCGAGACCCGCCGCUUCCCGGGCACGACCAUCCAGCGUCACAUCGGCGGCGACGAUCCGCACGCGCGGCUGAAGGCUGGCGUUUUCCGCGCGCUGCAUCGUCUGGCGCGCGCAGUUCGCCAUCACGGGAUCGUUCUCGAACAGCGUCGCACGGGCAUCGGGGCACCGGCUGAGGACGGCCAGCGCCGCCGCGCCGGCGCCCGCCCCCAGAUCGGCUAG